AUGCGGCAGUCGGCGGCCACACCGGCGGGCGACGCGCCGCCGCGCAUGUACUUCAUCCCGUUCCCAACGCCGGGCCACGCGCUGCCGAUGUCCGACCUGGCCCGCCUCUUCGCGUCGCGCGGCGCCGACGCCACCCUCGUCCUCACCCACGCCAACGCCGCCAGGCUCGGCGGCCCCGUGGCCCGCGCGGCCGCCGCGGGCUUCCGCAUCCGCGUCCACGCGCUGCCCCUGCCCGCCGAGGCCGCGGGGCUCACGGGCGGGCACGAGAGCGCCGACGACCUCCCCACCCGCGAGGACGCGGGCCCGUUCGCCGUCGCCGUCGACCUCCUCGCGCCGCUCUUCGCCGACCUCCUGCGCCGCCACCCCGCCGACGCCGUCGUCUUCGACGGCGUCCUCCCGUGGGCCGCCACCGCCGCCGCCGAGCUCCGCAUCCCGCGGUACGCGUUCACCGGCACCGGCUGCUUCGCGCUCUCGGUGCAGCGGUCCCUGCUCCUCCACACCCCGCAGGAGAGCGUCGCGUCGCCCACGGAGCCGUUCCUCGUGCCGGGGCUCCCGGACGCGGUGCGGCUCACCAGGUCGAGGCUCGCCGAGGCGACGCUCCCCGGCGCGGACUCGCGGGAGUUCCUGAACCGCAUGUUCGACAUCGAGCGCGCCACGGCCGGCUGGGUCGUCAACUCGUUCGCCGACCUCGAGCAGAGGUACAUGGAGCACUACGAGAAGGACACCGGGAAGCCGGUGUUCGCCGUCGGGCCGGUCUGCCUCGUCAACGGCGACGGCGACGACGUCUUGGAGCGCGGCCGCGGCGGGGAGCCGGGUGCCGCCGCGGAGGCCGCACGCGUGCUGGGAUGGCUCGACACGAAGCCCGCGCGGUCGGUGGUGUACGUCUGCUUCGGCAGCCUCACCCGGUUCCCGCCUGAGCAGGUGACGGAGCUCGGCAUGGGCCUCGCGGACUCCGGCGCGAACUUCGUGUGGGUCGUCGGGGACAAGAACGCUCCGCCGCUCCCCGACCGCGGGCUGGUGGUCAGGGGGUGGGCACCGCAGGUGGCGGUGCUGAGGCACGCGGCUGUUGGCGCGUUCGUGACGCACUGCGGAUGGGGCGCGGUGACCGAGGCGGCGGCGGCUGGUGUCCCGGUGGUGACAUGGCCGGUUUUCGCGGAGCAGUUCUACAACGAGGCGCUGGUGGUGGGCAUCGCCGGCACGGGCGUCGGCGCCGGCGCGGAGAGAGGGUACGUGUGGGGAGGCGAGGAGCUGGGCGGGGUGGUGGUGGGCAGGGAGAAGGUGGCGGAGAGGGUCCGCGCGGCGAUGGCCGACGAGGGGCUGCGACGGAAGGCAGGGGAGGUCGGGGAGAGAGCGCGGCGGGCCAUGGAGGUGGGAGGUUCUUCGUACGUGGCCGUUGGGGCGCUGCUGAAUGAUGUGCGGCGCCGGCGCCAGCACGGGGGUUGA